GUGAAGCCUGGCUACACUUGUAGGCUGGUAGUCUGGACUUGUCUUGACUUGAGCAUCGCUUCGAUGCAUACUUGUACUUGUAUUUUGAAAUGGCAGCGGAACAAAGUCAAAACUUCCUGAACUCAUGGGAGGUUGUGGACGUGGGCUCAGACAGCUGUAUCGACAAGAAUAAAUCGAGCUCCGCUUCUCCAGGGAAAAACAACAAUGAUGAAACUCAAGCUAAAAAGCCAUCUGUACCUGGAUCCCCGAAGUCACUGUGUGGAUAUUUGUCGAAGCAAGGAGGGCGUGGAAUCAUCAAGCCAUGGAGAACCCGAUGGUUUGUGUUCGAUGACUCGCGUUGCAUGUUGUUUUACUACAGAAAUCCACAAGACUUUGUUCCUCUCGGGAAUAUCGACAUCCGCGUAGCUUCACUUUCAUUUGACCUGGAGAAUGUCGACAAAGGGCAGUUUGAGAUCAAGGUGGAAGACAAGGUGUUCUAUCUGCAGGCCGAGUCACGCCAAUCCAUGAUGUUUUGGUUGAAUCAAUUGCAGGCAAAGAGGAAAGCGAGCAGUCGCCUGCGGAAUUUACUUGACAGCGGCUCAAGCAAAGAUGAGUACAGCGGCCUUGCCAACGUGCCGCACUCGUCGCAGGUCAACCAGACACUGGAGGAGCGCUUGCUUCAACAGUCACCACCCUCCAAUCAAGAGGCUGCCAGCGCUGCUCCCUCACGUACGGUUGAUUGGUCAUUGACAUCGCUGAAGCAUGACUUUCGUUCCGGUUCCAAGCGACGUACGUCAGGCAUACCAACUCGAUCCUCGCAGCAGCCAUCAGACUCCAGGAAGGCCACAUACCGCAAGGGUGCUGAUAACUCCGUCGAGGUCGCGUUGCAGUACACGGAAACAGGCGAGGAAGUUCCGAUGGCGGAUGCUGUCAUGGCAACACCCGAGACUCCCUUCACGUCGGAUGAUAUGCCGCGUGGGCAGCAAGUGGCCGGCGCUCCCGUGACAUCCACCAGCGCCGCGGAAGCGAAGCACACGUCCAAAGCCGCGCCUCCACCGAGGCCCGCAUCGCCGCGCCCCGCGCCAACAAGUCCUGCUGCUGCUGCUGCUGCUGCUGCCGGCACCACCUCCGCCUCCCCUGCCGGCACCACCUCCGCCUCCCCUGCUGGCACCACCUCCGCCUCCCCUGCUGCUGGGGUCAAGACCGGUGCAGCACAACAAGAUUCGUCUCAGUCUACCGCGUUUCGCCGUGGCCUGUCCAAGACAAAGCUGGGAACUCUCUUUGGCGGCAAUCGCAGGGGACGACAGCAAUCGGACGAUGCGGAGAAAGCACAGUCGCUGCAGGCAGCCGAGCAUUCCGCGCCACCCCGCACGCCAAACUCGCCCCGUCAGCAACAACAGCAGCAGCAGCACGUAGGCCCGAGCGACUCCUCCUCGUGUCAACGGUGCUUAUCGCAUGAGCAACGUAUAGCUACGUUAGUGGAGGAAGUCGACAUCUUGGAAACUGAGGUCGGUGCAAGACAACGGUUGAUUCAGGACUUUCACCAGCAAAUUACUGCUACCAAAGCGAUGCUUCGUUCCAGUGAGCAAUUUGUAGCCAGUCCGACAGAAGAGGCACGCGUCAAGUUACUCUGUGAGAAGGACGUGGAGAUAGGCAAGUUACAAGGUGAACUGGUGCAGAGAAAGGAUGAGAUUGAGCGCACUGACGUUCUACUGAUAAAAUUGCGUGGUGAGAUCGAUAACCUCACCGACCAGAGUAAGCUGUAUCAAGAGACAUUGGCAGCCAAGGAUGAAGUGGUUGUCUCACUGUCUAAUGAGGUAUUCCAGAUGAAGCGAUUUGGCCCUGGUCCCAGUCCCGCGCAUUCCUCCUCCAUGCCGUCUUCCUCAUCCAACACCGGCGUUACCGAACAGUCAAUGGAUUCUCCAAUGGCAGCCGUGUCACCGUCACUCGCACGUCCACCGCACGCCGACCCGGCCAUCAUUGGAGAGCUGAAGGGCACAGUUGAACAACUCAAGGACACGGUGGAUGCAUAUCAGCUACAGAACGACUUCCUGAACACGGAGAUUGUAGAACUGAAUGACUUGCGGCAGGAAGACCUCAAGCUCAUUUCCAUGCAGUCAAGUAAAAUGGUGGAAAUGGAGGCUGCGUAUCUCAAACUACACAGCAACCAUCUCAUCAUUCUCCAGCAGAUGCAGAAACCUCAGAUGGGCGGUAUGCAAUAUAACGAAGAUGCCACAAACACACAAGAGAUGGUCACGCGCUUGCUGGAGGAUGCCAUGGAAACCGAUGUCACGACUGGUCUGGACGCACCGGUCUCGACGAAGAUCGUGGACGAAAAGUAUGAUCGCUACGGUUUUGAACGCUCCGAGAAGCAGUCCGUGUCUGCCAAGGCAACCACGCUACUGCGCCGCGGCAACGAAUUGGAGAUGCUGGAAAGUGGUCAUCGUGCACGCUGGGAACUCUACAUGAAGAGCAGGACGGCGGGCAGAAGGUUUGAGUUUACCAGCGAUGUGAAGAGUCUAACACGUCAAGGAAUCCCAGCCGAGUUCCGCACGGAAGUCUGGAGAGAUCUGAUCUAUGCCCGUGUUCAGGGUAUGAUGCAAUCCAAGGGCCAGGGCUACUACCAGUCUCUACAUCAAAUGUCGGAUGGCAAAGGCUCUCUGGUGUACAAGCAGAUUGAGCUGGAUCUCCUGCGAACUCUACCUGGGAACAAGUACUACAACAGACCUGAUGCAGCGGGGGUGGCUCGUCUUCGACGUCUCCUGCGUGCCUUUGCAUGGCACAACCCGAUUAUUGGGUAUUGCCAGGGUCUAAACCGACUGGCCGCCAUAGCACUGCUGGUGCUGAAUGAAGAAGACGCAUUCUGGUGUCUGGUGCUGAUCGUUGAUUUCCUCAUGCCAAAGACGUACUACAGCAAGACACUGAUGGCGUCGCAAGUUGAUCAGCGUGUCUUGAAGGAUCUGCUUGCAAUGAAGUGCCCUCGGUUAGCGACUCAUUUAGACGCUCACGGCAUUGACAUUGGACUGAUCACCUUCAACUGGUUCCUGACCAUCUUUGUGGACAACGUACCGUUGAAGUGAGCAUGCUAUUCCCUUUUGAG